UCUUGGAUCAAGAAGGGGUUUUAAACCCGAAAAAGGCAAAGAAAAAUAAUUUAAUUUGUUAUUUUUUACUAACUGAUUAUAUUUGUAUCGGUCGGAGGAGAAAAUCAUAAGAUAUCUCUAGUCAUGACAGAGUUCCUUUAUCAUCUCUAAUAGCGAAUCGUCAAGAGAGAAAUCUGACGAAGAAACAAGAUUGUGUGGAUUUUUCCUGCCUAAGUUGUUUUGUUUAUGUUAGCUAGAUAGCUAUCAAUUCUAAUAUGGCCUCUGGAAAUCCAGACAUGUCAGAUGUACCCUCACUGGGGGGUAUGGGGGCUGCCACAGGUAGUCAGUCAGGCAAUGGAGCAGUGGUCCAGAAAGGGACCAACAAGAGGCGUGCUGCCCCAGAUUUUGAUGAUGACGAGGGAAACAAACUCUUCAGGUGUGACGAUGACUCAGCAGGGGGCAAUGAUAAGGAACGGUUUGCCAGAGAGAACCACAGCGAGAUCGAGCGGCGCAGGCGGAACAAGAUGACGGCCUACAUCACCGAGCUGUCGGACAUGGUGCCCACCUGCAGCGCCCUGGCCCGCAAGCCGGACAAGCUGACCAUCCUGCGCAUGGCCGUGUCGCACAUGAAGACCCUGCGCGGCAGUGGUAACACCGGGCCCGACGGCAGCUACAAGCCCUCCUUCCUCACUGACCAGGAGCUGAAGCACCUCAUCCUGGAGGCAGCCGACGGGUUCCUGUUUGUGGUGUCGUGCGAGUCGGGCAGGGUGGUGUACGUGUCGGACUCUGUGACACCGGUCUUGAACCAGCCGCAGUCGGAGUGGCUGGGCAGCUCUCUAUAUGACCAGCUCCACCCUGAUGACAAAGACAAGCUGAGGGAGCAGCUGUCCACCACAGAGAGCAGCACUAGUGGUCGUAUGCUGGACCUGAAGACCGGGACAGUGAAGAAGGAAGGACAGCAGUCUUCUGUCAGGAUGUGUAUGGGGUCACGCAGGUCCUUCAUUUGUAGGAUGAGGUGUGGGUUGAGUCCAGUGGAGCCUGUGUCCAUGAACCGGCUGAGCUUCCUGAGAAGCAGGAGCAGGAAUGGAUUGGGUCCAGCGAAAGAUGGAGAGCCACAGUAUGUGGUAGUUCAUUGUACGGGCUACAUAAAGUCCUGGCCCCCUGCAGGGGUGUCCCUUUCAGAAGAGGAGACAGACACUAGCCAGGGGAGCCGCUUCUGUCUGGUGGCCAUUGGGAGGCUACAGGUGACUUGCUGCCCCAAUGACAAUGACAUGAACAACAUCAGUGUCCCCGUGGAGUUCAUCUCCCGUCACAACUGUCAGGGCAUCUUCACCUUCGUGGACCACCGCUGCAUGGCCACUGUGGGCUAUCAGCCCCAGGAGCUGCUGGGAAAGGACAUUCUGGAACUGGCUCAUCCAGAGGAUCAGGGCCUUCUGAGAGACAGUUUCCAACAGGUGGUGAAGCUGAAGGGACAGGUCCUGUCCGUCAUGUUCCGCUUCCGCUCCAAGUCCCGCGAGUGGAUCUGGAUGCGCACCAGCUCCUUCACCUUCCAGAACCCCUUCUCCGAGGAGAUCGAGUACAUCAUCUGCACCAACGCCAACGUCAAUAGAGCUCCGACUCAGGACUCCCUCACCCCCCUCUCCUCCCCGGGCAUGGCGCUGCCCCCCUCGCUGGGGCAGAACAGCCCCAACUGCCCCCCGGCCCUCAGCCCGGGGCAGGUAACUGCCAGGCAGCUCCAGCAGCAGCAGCAGGCAGAGCUGGAGGGAGGGGGCAGUAGAGACGGCUUGUACGAGGCCGGGCAGGUGACACUUCCACAGGUUGGAGUCCAGGCAGUGACUGCAGCAGGACCAGACCACAGUAAGACCUUGGAGAGGGACCCUCGCUUCUCUGACCUCUUCACAGCAGACCAGUCCAAGGCACUUCCUUCCAGUUCUGCCCCUGGUGCUCAGCAGAUUUACCCCCAGGGCAACUCCUACACAGCGGCCCGCUCCACCGACUCCUUCAGGUCAGUGGGAAUGAGCUCACAGUUGGUGCAGCCUUCGCCGUCGGCCGGCCAGAUGCUGGCCCACAUGUCCCGCCAAAACGCCCCUAACCCAACCUGCCCGUCCGGAGAGCCCCCCAGCAACAGCCCUAUUCAGGUGCAGGCAGGAGCAGCUGGGGCAGCAGGGGGGUGGGCUGGGAACAGGCCCCCCUUCAAUACUCAGCAGGUGGCAGCACAGUCAGGGAAGAUGCAGUCAGCCCAGUUUGCACUGGGGGGCUUUGCUUCAGCCUCCACCUCCUCCUCCUCAUUUAAUGCGUUGCCAAGUGCUUCUGCUCCAACUCCGUCAAAUGCUGCAAACUACCCUCCUCUGAACUCCCGCAACAACCCUACGGGCAGUGGCUAUGCAGAUGCCAACCAGUCAGCGACGCAGUUCCCCUCCAGAACAGCAGAGGCAGUGUGGUCACAAUGGCAGAACCAGUCACAUGCGCAGGGCACAGCAGAAACACAUGCACACUCACAGGCUAACCAACCAGAGAUAUACCCAGAUGUACUCUCCAUACUGGAUCAGUCGCCCAGCUUCAAUAAUGACGAUUUCCCAGAGCUGCCCAUGUUUCCUUCCUUCAAUGAGUGAAUGAGGGUUGGAUGUGACCUCUUUCCUCCCUCUCUCUCUCGCUUCCUGUCCUUCUCCCUCUGUCAUUCUGUCUCGCUGUCGGAGCUGCGUUUUCUCUUUUUAAAAAUUUAUUAAACGUCUAAAAGUUGCACUGCCCACAAGGUAGGGAAAGAUGCAGGGAGAAACCGGGACACUGUAAGGUAGAGUUAGAUGAGCUUAAAAACCAGAAAUGGGUGAUGGAGAGAAAAUGCUGUCAUGUAGCUAUAGGGAUAAUCUCAGAGAGACGGUUUAUUAGACACAGACAAAAGAAAUCAGCAGGAAAUUACAAUAACUACACACACCAGUAAGCACUACCCAGAACACAGCAGUACAGCUUGUAAGCCACACACAGUGGCACACACGGGCAGAGACCAAAGCGCGAACACAUGCUCACUCUCUCGUACACAGACACAAACGCGCAAUGCAGUAGUGCGCCGCAGUACAGCACAGGCAGUCUGAACACUGUUCACUUUUUAGGCCGAUCUGGGCAGUGGUUCUUAAACCUUUUUGAUUUUUUGCAAUUCCGAUCAUUUUUUUUAAAGGCAAAGAGACUAAAUCCGUUGAAAAGCGGAUGUAUAUCCCUGCAGUGAGAUGGUGAGCAAGCCAUCUGCAGAACAUUCGUGUCCAUUUAAAAAUGUGUACGCCUUGCAGAAGGGCCUGUUGAACUCUGCUUGCACACCCUGCGUUUGUGUACUCGUAACUGCCUGUUAUGCAGCUGCGGGUAGUGGAGUGUGGCGACAGAUGGAAAGGAUUGUACACGGGCCUGUGGUGCAAGUGCAAACACAAUGUGUUUUAAUCACAGCUUUGAAACAGUUGUAGGAUGGUGGUCAUUUGCCAGUUUACUGGCACAAACCACACAGCAUUACAUCAGCACAGUGUCACCACCUAGACACAACGACACAUAAACCCAAAUCGGCUAAACGCAGACGGUUGCUGUGUUCGGGUUAAGUUGGCAGUUACAUUUUUCGAGUUGGUGUUUUCCUUUCUAACUCAGUAUAGCAUUCCUGCUCUGGCAUUACAGGGACACCUCCAUCACUACUGGGACAAUACCCAUCUCGGUGUAAAAAGCUUUUUUUUAAUUGUUACAGAGUAGUGUCCCUGCGUUUAAGCCUGCCUCUGCCACAGGCUCAGAAUGACUGAUGAGGUUUGAUUAAGCAGGUGUACCAGCAAACCCUGGUGAUGAGAUAAACUUCACUGCAGCUUUGCCCAGACUGUCCCAAUGCCCUUUUCACACUCGUUUCAUCCUUUUUAUUUACACAAAGGCACAUCUGAGGCUUGGUAGACUCUGAAAAUAAGCCGGAUUCCCAUCCACACUCAUGCGUAGAGCAAGUGUUGAACACCCUUGCGAAUAUGUUAGAUUUUCACUCCUUGUUAACUGAGUGUACCUGUCAUGAAUUAAGUACAUUUGAGUCUUAUCAUUCAGCUUUUUAUCCGCACCCAUUUCCUGGGGCAAAAUAUAUUAUUUGAGAAAAGCUGUAUAUUUCAUACUUUUAAUUACAUGCGCGUGUGUACUAACACAGUGCCAUGGCAAAUGCUGUAAGUUAAAACAGUGCUUGGCCCCAAAGCUCUGUGUAUGAAGCCUAAGUGUUUAGAGAGACUGUUCCAGACUGUUUUCAGAGCCCUUUGUUACAAAAAGUGCUUUGACUGCAGAGCCAUUAAGUUUGGUGGAAAAUUUCCACCAAACAAUACUUAAUGAAUAUGACAUCUUUUCGUUCUGAUCAGCAGACACUCUGAAUACAGCUGACACAAGGGAUAGGGAUGUGAAGCCUUGAAAACAGUCUACUGAAUUGAUCCACAAAGACUGAUAAAAAUGAAAUGCAGUUUAAGUGUGGAACUGUAUAAUCUGAUACAUGUAUGCAAGCACAAGUACACACACACACACACACACACACACUCACGAAGAAGCGCACACGUUUAUGAUUUGAUAGGCCCGAGUGUUUUUGUCUGUGUGAUUCCUCCCUGUGGUAACAGCACACUUCUCACCCUUUUAGUGUGGGCUUUUUGUACUAUGAAAAUCAAUAUGUAUAAAACAAAUGUGUUUUUGUUAAAAAAAAAAAUAAUAAUAAUAAUGCAAAUAUUGAGCUAAAGCAAUAAUUAUCAGCAAGAUCUAAAUGUUUGAAAGCCAUUGCCAUUUUUAAUGUUAUUUUAAGUGUUAUUAUCACUAUACUUUUGAUACGGAAAUGCAAAAAAAAUGUGUCAACAUUUUCAGGUUUUUGGAUUUUCUGGAUUUUGGCUCUCAUCUCCUCUGUAGUCCUGUACAAUAUGUUUUAGUGGAGGCCCAGGAGAAUUCAUGCCCUGCGAGUUGUGUUUGGUCUUGACAAUGGAAAUCUGUCUAGCAAGAAGACUAAUCACUUCAGUGAACUGUGUAAAGCUGGCAUGUCCUGGUACAGUACACUGGGCACUGGGCUAAGCCAUGAUGUGGUAACACUGGAUCAGAGCAGUACUCUGAUAAAGUAAUACCAGGCCACACUGGCUUGAAGGGCUAGUUGGGAGUGGGUUAAGAAUUUCAAAGUUAUGAAAUCCUGAAUUGUAAUUUUGCAUUGUAACCGAUACCUUUUUUUUCCUCAGUCGGAUUAUUGUUAAAUGUAUGGAUGUGAGCAUGCACUCACAAACAUGCAUAUUCAUGUAUGUAAAAUAUAUGUAUACUUUAUGUGU